UUGGUGUAUUUUCAAACUGGCAGCCAAAGAAGAGGCAAGUUGCGCUUCGCGCGCACACCUCGAUCGUGCCUCUUCAUCUACCCAAGACCAGGGGACUAUCACAGAGGUGUGCAGUGGAGAAACAAUACCUGAGGUAGAAAUAAUUAGUCUACUGGAGGAACAAAUUCCUAAGUAUCGUCUUAGAGCUGAUACACUCACUAAAUUUGGCGGUUACGAAAAUCAAGAUUGGUUUAUUCCCAGUCCCGCACUACAAGUUGAGGAGGCCGAUCUGAAAUUGUCCCCGGACCAAAUCCGGGAAACUCUUAACUACUUUCUUCUAUGUAGUAAUCGGGUGAGCCAAAUGACCAAGACCUACGAUGACAUAGAAGCGGUAACUAGGCUUCUGGAAGAGAAAGAGAAAGAUUUAGAACUGACUGCUAGAAUCGGCAAAGAACUACUUCAGCAGAAUAACAAGUUUGAAACGACAAUUUCGUCUUUGGAAUCUGAACUGAAGAGCGCCAAUGAGAAGAUCACUCAACUCACGCACGAGUCUGCGAAGAAAACAGAACUCAUUCAAAUUCUUACGAACGAUAUGGACGAAUCAUGUCUCGAGAGCGGCAUCACUAACGGACGUAUCAACUUCGAAUUGAUGCAGAAGAAGAUCGGUUCUUUGGAGGAGGAGAAUGUAGCCCUCAAAUCUGAGUACUGUCGAUUGGCUGAGCAAACUGACGAUGUGGAGGCGAAGGAGCAAAUGCUCUUAAGCGACAUCACUGGCCAGCUCGCUUGUGCGAAUUCAAGUAUGGGACUAUUGGAAGAUGAAGUCGAUCGACAAAAGGAGGAAAAUCGUUUACAGCAUGAACAAAUUUUGGCUUUAUCUGCAAAGUUGAGAGAUACUGAAAUGAGGCUGCAUAAGCUUGCAACAGAAAACGAUGAGGCGAAUAGUUUAUUGCACAUCACAAAAGAAACUCAAAAUUCGUUGGCGCUAGAACUUGCAGAUCUGAAAGGAAAAUACUUGGAAGUCGAAGGUCUAUUGCGUGACGCACAAGAGCAGCUGCGCAAAGCGAGAAGACGCGCAAUGCCGUCGGCGCGUAGUUCCUUUUUCCCUUCGUUGGGUUCCAACGCGCCGAUUCCGUUUGACAGUCUACAGAAUGAGCUGGAAUUAUCGAUGCAUUCUGAAUUUAGUGCGGAUUCCGGAUUUUCUGCCGUAGAUUCUAUUCCCUACUUCAAGAAGGUGUUUGACACUGUUAGAUGCGCAUCACAAAGUUCCUUAAGUAGCGGCGAUAGUAUGGGUAGCUUGAACUACGGUUAUGGUGGCCAGACCUCGUCGUACACGAAUGGCCCUCGUAUGAGUAGUCGAGCUCAAAAUUACAGGUUGAGAAGAUCGUCCGGAUCUAUUUAUAGCAGUAGUUCUUUAGGCUAUCCCAGCCUGGAUUCGACGGGCCAGUCCGAUACGGAAUCCAGUCAAACCGAUUCAGAUGACGGCUAUCCCAGUGGUCUUCCAAAGCAAGGAGUUCCUGGCGCACCCGGUGCAGCUGAAUUAGAAGCGGCACUGCGCAGGUUGAGUCCAGGAGAGGUGCUGGCACGUAGAGCAAAUUUACAAUAUGGUCCUACAUAUAGUGGUUACGAAAGCGACCAUUAUCUACCAAUUGGGUAUAGAACGCCAGACAGUCUGAUGUCUACUGGCUCCAGUAACUACCCGGGAUGGAAGUUACCUGAGAAGCUACAGAUAGUUAAGCCAUUGGAAGGUUCGCAAACUCUUCAUCAUUGGUCGCAGUUGGCUCAACCUACAUUUAGUGGAUUAUUAGAGGAACGGCCAGGUGUUAAAAUACGCGGUGGAAAAGAACUGGAAGACAUGGGCCUAGAAUCUUACGCCUUAAGCGACUUAGAAGAGGACGACGAAUACUCAAAUCCGGGUAAAGGGUUCGACUCAUCCACUCCCAUUUAUACGUUAACCAACAGUACGGUAAUGCACCCUGACGAUGGUACCUUCAACGUGACUAGCGUCUGCGGAAGUUGCGUACCUUCCGUAUGUUCUAGUAUCCAGAACUCGCCUCCACAAACGCCGAACAUGCGUAGUCGUAGAAACUCAACGAGUACUUUUUCGACAACUUUUGGUCUCGCGAGGAUGCUUAACGAGAGAGGUAUAAAAGCCGUAACCCCAUCAGCGAUUAAUACACCGUGCGAUGUAAAUAGUUUCACUCCUACUGCAACGCCUUGCAAUAGUCCAGAUAGUAGUCCUCCGCUAACGCGUAGCGGCUCCCCCGAACCAUACGAAGCAUUUAGCAUACCUCAACUGAUACUUAGCUCCGUUCCAUUUCUACAGCAAACUGUUACGGGAGGCGUCAAGAAGAAAAGUAGUGCGAGCAAACAACAAGGAAAGUCGGAGAGCAUCGUUAGUAAAAUUGAACGUAUAGGAAUUUCAAAUUUGAUGAGUACGCCAGGAGGAUUAUCUAUUUCGUCGGGAAUGUACGCACGGCCGGCAUUAACAAGUCCAAUGGCGCAACUAACCUGUCUACUUCCGAACCAGAGUAAUGAAGAAGUGAGGCAUAGUGAAACGAAGAAACAACUUAAGAGCCCAAUACAGUCACCCUCAACAGGUCAACCUCCACCCGACUUGGGCGUUCCAGGCAGGCCGGGAAGCGAUGCGCUAAAACGCCGCUUAGAACAAUUAAACUCUCGCAAACAGCGACGCAGCGGCGGCGCGCAACGCUCCGAUCUCGGCACUGUAUCAACAAAAAAACUACCACAACCGGAACAAACGUCAACACUAGGUACACUUAGCUCGCUACUGUUCGGUCGGAAAGGAGGUCUACUUUAAAGAGGCGAGAACUUUGAUUAGCAGCUGACUUUAUACUGUGAUAGAAGAUUAGUGUGGUUGUUAUUAAGUGGUGAUGCCAUAUGUUAUUAUUAAGCACGAUUAGUUAGGUUCAAAUCGAAUAACCGCAAUUGGUUACCAAGGCAAGGAUUUUGUGAAACCAUCAUUUUUUAUGUAGAAUUGUAUAUAAGCAGUAUUUUUAUUUAUAUUUAGGUAUAAGAAUAUACAUUGAAGCAAACAGUUAAUCCAGUACAGUUUUCUGCUUUAGUGCAAGACCGACAAAAUGGUGCUAUUUCACAUUUACUCUUUUAAUACUUGUACUUAUUUUCAGAACAUGAUUUUGCAGUUUAGCAAACCAUGAACAACUUGACUGUUUUGCUCUGGACUUUCUUCAAAUAUGAUUGAUCGGCAUACGCAGGUUGUUUCCAAGAUUGUAAUGGUGGCUUAUUCUGAACUCAAAUAUAAUGUCGCUUGAAAUGUUUACCUAAGAAUUUAAUGGAGAAAUUUAGAAAAUUCGUUCGCAUUUCCUUUUUUAGUGUGGUAAAGAGGUAGAAAAUUAUCCACCCUUGUAGCUCACGACAAGUUCAUAAAUGAAAUCAAAUCAGAAAGUAUUCAGAAAUGGAAUGUUGCAAUUUUAAGAGCUGGUUGAACCAUUGUGAUAGAAGGAGUCUGGUACAGACGGGUCAAUGUUCAGGUAAUUCAGAAUCUGACCACAGUUGCAUAGUGUCACUGAGAGUGCAAACGGUAUAUAAAAAAUGUGUAGCACCAAAAUGAAAUAUAUUGUUGAUUUUAAAAGGAAUAUAUUUUGAUAGGUACCCCAAAAGGUGCGCCAUGAAACUGAGAUCAUUUUGCUGUUCGUUUUAGUACACAAAUGCAAAGCUAUGCAAUAAAUUUAGAAAUCCAAACCUAUUGUGUACGUGGUUCUAGGUAAAGGUUCAGUGCGAUGAAUAUUUUCCUAGGAUAUUGGCCUAGUUUGGUGUUAGGUUAUGUGCUACACAAAUGCGUUCCCCGUGGACUAAGGAAUUUUAAUGAAAGAUGCUUAAUAAAUUAGUUAUAGCAACCUACUGUAGUACGAAGGGUGAAGAUUCUGAUUCUGAUUUUAGCUAAUAAAAACAGAAAAAGGUGUAGAGAAGAAUUAUUUUAUUUUUUGACAAUGAAGAGCAGUCUACAUAAAAAUUGAUAUGGACAAAAGGAGAUAACUGUACUAACAUUUAUAUCAUGGAUUAACCAUAAGGCUCUAGUAUGGGACUAGUCAUUUUAAAUUGCACUUGUUGAUCUUUAAAAACGUAUUACUUCCAAAUGUAAUCAUCGUGCAUGCAAUGAAUUUUUUCCAAAUUUUUAUAAUAUAAAAUGGCUUUCCUUGUACGAUUUUUGUACUUAUCUAAAUUGGUACAGCGCUGUACGUAGGAUAAUACUCGAUAAAUAAAUAGGUUCCCUAGUGGUGACU